AUGGCCCCCCAGCGCUCCCCCCGGACCCGAAGCUCCGGAACCUCCGGAGCCUCCGGAGCCUCCAGAUCCUCCUCCGUCCCCACUGCAGGAUCGGGGGCCCAGAGCAGCCCCCCCACGUCCCCCCACACCCCGGAAUUCUCGUCGGAUCCCGACUCCGGCAGCGACUUUGAGAGCACUCUGCCCGCCCGGAAGAGACGUGGACGCCCCCAGAGGUCCAACCAAGGGCCGAUCCCGAAGCGCUCCCGGCGUUCCAAUGGGAACGAGAAGAACCCGGAGGAGAAUUCCCUUUUCCAGGCGGUUUUGUCGGGGAAAGCAGCGGUGGAGACCUUGGUGGACGAGUGGCUGGAAUUGUACAAGCGGGACCGGGAGUCAGGAUUGUUGGAGCUGCUCAACUUCAUCGUCAGGGCCUGCGGAUGCAGAGGUGUGGUGACCCCCGAGAUGUUCCGGGAGCUGCAGAAUUCCCAGAUCAUCCAACAGCUCACGGAGAAGUUCAAGGAGGAGUCCCCAGAGUACCCGCUGUCCCUGAGCUCGCGGCCCUGGCGCCGGUUCCGGGCGGGGUUCUCGGAGCUGGUGGCCGGGGUGGUGCGGAGGGGCCGGUACGGCGUGGUGUACGACGGCUUCCUCAUGGACUCCUGGAUCUCCUUCCUCACCGGGCUGUCCGACUCGCAGGUGCGCGCCUUCCGCCACACCAGCACCCUGGCAGCGCUGAAGGCGAUGACGGCGCUGGUGGAGGUGGCCCUGGACGUGCACAGCCAGCAGGAGAACACGCAGAGGCAGCUGGAGGCCGAGAGGGGGAAGGAGCUGGGCCGGAGGGGCACGGAGAAGAUGGAGGCGCUGCUGGGGAAGCGCCGGGAGCUCCUGGAGCAGCAGGAGGAGAUCGAGGUGCUGAUGAACGUCGUGUUCAAGGGCGUGUUCGUGCACCGCUACAGGGACGUGGUGCCCGAAAUCCGGGCCCUGUGCAUGGAGGAGCUGGGAAAGUGGAUGAGCAGAUUCCCGGGAUCGUUCCUGACCGACAGUUACCUCAAGUACAUCGGCUGGACCCUGCACGACAAGCAAGGGGAGGUUCGGCUCCAGUGCGUGAAGGCGCUCCAGGGAAUUUACGGGAACCCAGACGUGGCCCCGCAGCUGGAAUUGUUCACUGGGAGGUUCAAGCCCCGAAUCGUGGCCAUGGCCCAGGACAAGGAGCCCGAGGUGGCCCUGGAGGUGGUGAAGCUCCAGACACUCCUCGUCCUGAACGUGGAGGAUUCCCUGUCGGAGGAGGAUUGCCAGGGCAUUUACCCCCUGGUGUUCGUGGCCAACCGCGCCCUGGCCUCAGCUGCCGGGACCUUCCUGUUCCACAGGCUCCUGGACCCCCAAAAACACGGGAAUGGGAAUGGGGACAACCGGACGUUCUUCAGGCGCCUCGUCACCUUCUUCCUGGACACCGAGCUCCACGAGCACGCCGCCUACCUCGUGGACAGCCUGUGGGACUGUGCCGGGCCUCGGCUGCGCGACUGGGACACGGCCACGGGGCUGCUGCUGGAGCACAGCCCUGCCCUGCAGGACCGGGAGGAGAAGGCGCUGGUGGAAGUGGUGGCCUGCAGUGCCCUGCAGGUGGCCCAGGGCCACCCCCCCGUGGGCCGCGCCGGCCCCCGCAAGGUGAGCUCCAAGGAGAGGAAGGAGCAGGAGGAGGAGAAGUCGCGGCUGAGCCGGUGCCUGAUCCCGGUGCUGCCCCAGCUCCUGGAGAAGUUCUCGGCCGACGCCGACCCUGCGGCCUCUCUGCUGACGGUGCUGCGGCACCUGGAGCUGGGGAUGUUCCACACCGGCAGGAUGGAGAAGGCUCUGGUGCAGGUGCUGGUGCAGGUGCAGGAGGUGUUUGGGAAGCACCGGCAGCGCCGGGUCCUGGACUCGGCCUCGCGGGCCCUGCACGCCCUGUGUGACCCCCAGGUGCCCCUGCACGGCCGCGCCCGCGUCACCAGGGGCCUCCUCGGGGACAGCCUGGGGGACAGGUGCCACCUGCAGGUCACAGAGGUGCUCCAGGCGGAGGCCCCCGACGAGGAGGAUCUUUACGGGCUGGCCACCACCCUGAGGAGGAUCUCGGCCCUCUUCAAUGGGCACGACCUGACCCCCUGGAAGCUCUUUGGUCCCUGUUCCCGCCUGCUCCGGCACGCCGUGGACACGGGAGAGCUGCCCCCGCAGGUGACGGUGCCCGCCCUGUCCUGCCUGUUCUUCCACGUGCUGUGGGAGCUGUCGCGCCUGCCCGGCCCCGACGUCCCCCAGGCUGAGCUGCAGAGUCUCCGCUCCAAGGCCCUGUCCCUGCUGUCCCUGUGCCAGAGCUGCCUCAGCGACCCCAGCCAUGCCCUGCCAGGAGCAGGUGGGGGAUUUGGAGGGGAUUUGGGGGGACUAGGGGGCUUAGGAGUCCUAGCGUUCGUGGUGCUGAGUGACCUGCUGGUGGUGCUGGGCCCGCGCCUGCCGCGGGUGGGGGGGCCGUGGCUGGAGCGCCUGGUGCUGCCGGUGGAUCCGGGGCUGCAUUCCCAGCUCGCCGCCGUGCUCAUGGAUCGCGUCUUCCAGCACCCCCCGGAGCCCCCCCGGCCCCGGGACACGGAGGAGGCCGAGGCCGGGCUGGGGGAGCUGCAGCAGCGCCGGCGGCUCCUGGCGGGGUUCUGUAAACUGGUGAUCCACGAGGGGCUGGAGAUCCGGGCAGCAUCGGAUCUGUUCAAACACUACGGAAAGUUCCACGGGGAUUUCGGGGACAUCCUGAAGGAGACGCUGCGCUGGACGCGGGACAUGGAUCGCAUGGAAUGGGCCCGGACCCUCCUGCUCAGCCUCCAGCAGCUGCUGACGGAGCUGCUGCUCCAGCAGGGCCCCCAGAUCCGGGGGCUCCCGGAAUUCCAGGAGAUCCGGGACCUGGCCCGGCGCUUCUCCCUCUUCUUCAGCCUCCACCGGCUGCGCAACCGCCCGGCCCUGCUGGGCCUGCACAGGGAGGGGAUCCAGUUUGCCUUCCAGGAGCCCCCAGACCCCGAGGUUGGGGAGGGGGUGCCCCUGAACUUGCCCUUCCUGGAGGUGCUGAGCGAGUUCUCCCCGAGGCUGCUGCGCCCCGACAAGGCCCUGCUGCUGUCCUUCGUGGAGCGGACGCUGCAGGAGCGGGGGGGGCUCCCCCCGGGGGUGUCCCCGUGGCCCCCCCUCGUCACCUACCGGCAAUCCCUGAGCCCCCAGGGCGGGGGGGAAACCCCCCCUGAGCCCCCCCGGGCCAAGAGACCCCGCCCCAGGGAAACGCCCUCAGAGCCCCCCAGUUCCAGCCCGUGGCCCCAGGAGCCCCCUCACCUCCACUGCCCUCAGGGGGCCCCCCAAAAUCAGCCGGGACCGCCCCCAAACCCCAGGUGA